UUGAAUUUAGUUUACGGGACCGCGAUGCAUUUUUAAAAAAUCGUUAGCGGUUUCAAAUUUCUCCGAUUACCGCCAUAAUUCACAUGCUCAGAUCCAAAGGCCAGAGAUUUUUCGUCAACCAUGGAAAGCUUCGAUUUUUCUCGGUUUCUGAAACAACAACAGCGGAAGAAACUUCUCUUUCUUCUUCCCUGUUCGAUGUAAAUAACCCCUCAAAUGAACCGAACUUCUCUACCCAAGAAUCCCAAUCUUCUUUCCUUCUCCAAUUUGACCCCAGACGAUACAUAACUGCGCUCCUGAGUUGCAGAAAUCUCUUUCAAAUCAGGCAAGUUCAUGCCCGAAUUGCUUCCAAUGGCAUAUUCAGGAACCUCGCGAUUGCUAAUAAACUUCUUUUCGCGUAUACCCAACAUGGCGCCUUGGAGGAUGCACGUGACCUGUUCGACAAAAUGACUGAGAGAGACCCUUAUAGCUGGAGUGUUAUAAUCGGUGGGUAUGCCAAAAUUGGGGAUUUUUCUUCUUGUUUUGGGAUGUUCAGGGAGCUUUUUCGUUGUGGGAUGCCAUUUGAUAACUAUACAUUGCCCAUUGUUAUAAGGGCUUGCAGGGAUUUGAAGGACUUGCAAUUUGGAAGGCUCAUUCACUGCGCCACUUUGAAAUGUGGGUUGGAUUAUGACCAUUUUGUUUGUGCAUCUCUUGUUGAUAUGUAUUCUAGAUGUAGAGUGAUUGAUGACGCCCGCCAAUUGUUUGAUAAAAUGCACAAGAGAGACCUUGUGACAUGGACGGUUAUGAUUGGUGCCUUGGCUGAAUGCAGUAGUGCUUUUGAGUCAUUGGUUUUGUUUGAUAGGAUGAGAGAUGAAGGUAUUGUCCCGGAUAAAGUGGCGUUGGUAACAGUUGUUUAUGCUUGUGCAAAGUUGGGCGCCAUGAAUAAGGCCAGAGCAGUUCAUGACUAUAUUAAUGGAACUAAGUUUUCAUUGGAUGUAAUUUUGGGAACGGCAAUGAUUGAUAUGUAUGCGAAAUGUGGAGAUGUUGAAUGGGCAAGGGAGAUUUUCGAUCAGAUGCAAGUGAAGAAUGUCAUUACAUGGAGUGCCAUGAUUGCAGCCUAUGGAUAUCACGGGCAAGGUAGAGAAGCGCUCGAGUUAUUCCCGAUGAUGUUAAGCAGCGGGAUAUUGCCAAAUAGGAUCACCUUUGUGUCAUUGUUAUAUGCUUGUAGUCAUGCCGGUCUAAUUGAAGAGGGCCACAGAUUUUUUUCCUUGAUGUCAGACGAGUACGGUGUGAGACCAGAUGUAAAACAUUAUACUUGCAUGGUUGAUCUCUUAGGUCGAGCAGGAAGGUUUGAGGAGGCCUUGAGAUUGAUAGAAAGCAUGACAGUUGAGAAAGAUGAGGGGCUAUGGGGAGCAUUGUUGGGGGCAUGUCGGAUUCAUCGGCGUCUAGAUUUGGCAGAAAGGGUGGCGAAGUCUCUUCUCGAGAUGCAGCCUCAGAACCCAGGGCAUUAUGUAUUGCUUUCAAAUAUAUAUGCAAAUGCUGGCAAGUGGGAGGAUAUGGCAAAAACAAGAGAUUUGAUGACUAAGGGUGGAUUAAAGAAGAUUCCUGGUUGGACAUGGAUUGAGGUGGAUGCAAAACUAUAUCAGUUCAGUGUUGGAGAUAAAACACAUCCCAGGUCARGUGAGAUUUAUGAGAAGCUGAAACGAUUGGGUGAGAAGCUCGAGUUCGCUGGCUAUGUCCCGGAUACGAAUUAUGUGCUGCAUGAUGUUGAUGAGGAAGUGAAACAAGGACUUCUGUUUGCACAUAGUGAAAAGUUGGCAAUUGCAUUUGGGUUAAUAGCUAUACCUCAAGACAAUCCCAUAAGGAUUACAAAGAAUCUUAGAGUUUGUGGUGACUGCCAUACAUUUUGCAAAUUUGUAUCAUCUAUUGAACAGAGAACGAUUGUACUACGCGAUGCCAACCGGUUUCACCACUUCAAGGACGGGGCUUGCUCGUGCAGGGAUUAUUGGUAAUUGGCACUCUUCCAAGAGCCUCCUGGUCUGUAGUAGACGAAACCUUGAACUUCUAUCAGAUGCUUCUCCAUCAUUGAAGGUUAGUUUUUUUUUCUUUGUUAUUUACUAUACAACACAAUCAUUAUUUGAUUGGAAAGUUUGUCUUGAAUAUAGAUGCCAAUGCCGUUUUGUUAUAGGAUUUGUUAGAAGAGAAUCAUUAUAGAACAAYGAGAUCUAUUAGUCUGAAUUCAACUGAUAGUUGUUUCCUUAAGAUAAUUUAUUCUAUACGAUGCUGAGGAA